AUGAAAUCGCAUCCAUGAGCCAUGUGGCUGACCUGCCCUACCGGCGAGUCACUGACUGGUAGCACACGCAAUAGAUAGGCGUGGGGAAGCGCUGCGUUUCCUCUUUACCAGUUGUAUCGCUACAUAAACAUCGCUGCUUGUUCCUCCGGUACCGAUACAAUUGAACAAGAUGCGUCUUCUCCUAAUCCGCACGAUCUCUCACCCCCUGCCUGCCCAUAGGGCCGUGGUACAGCAGGGCAAAGGAUGCGCCAGGCGAGCGGCUAGUGGGGCAAGUAGCAGCCGGGACGGGCGGCACUCCGCUACCUCUGCUUGGAAAUCAGCCCAGCAGCUUCACGCAUCGGCAGCCAGAAAAAUUAUUCAGCGUUCAAAGGAUGUUUUCGGUGGUCUGCAAAAGGAAAAUUCUACUUUUAAACCAGUUCUUGCAAUAAUACAGGCAAGUGUGGAUGAUCUAACCUUGGAGACCACCAAGAAUUAUGCAGAGGAGCUGGGAGUUGAUGUCCUUCACAUAAGUUUGCCUCAAGAGAGCCGUGAUGAAGAAAUUAUUGAUGAAAUCCUAAAGCUCAAUGAAGACCCAAAGGUCCACGGUCUCGUCCUUCAUUUGACUGAUCCAAACAGCAAAGUUCUAAAUGCUGUUCGACCUGAGAAAGAUGUGGAUGGUGUCACGGAUGUGAACUUGGGGAAGAUGGUUCGUGGUGACAUGCAAGAAGGAUUUAUAUCUCCUAUAGCCAAUGGUGUCAUAGAUUUGCUUGAGAAAACAGCUCAAACAUCUCUGCAAGGGAAGCAUGUGUUAAUUGUUGGAGCUGAUGGGUCCCUAGAAGCCUCUCUACAGUGCCUGCUUCAGAGGAAAGGUGCCACAUCCAUAGGGUGCCCAUGGCAAACACAAAACCUGCAGAAAAAGCUUAAUCGGGCAGAAAUUGUUGUUCUUGGUAGCACAAAGCCAAAGGAGAUUCCUGUCAGUUGGAUAAAGCCAGGCACAAUUGUUAUUAACUGUUCUCACAUUGUACUGUCAGGAGUUUCUGAACAGUAUGUUGAUGGACUUGCUGGUCAUGGUGUUGGACCACUUGCUGCAGCUUUAAGAAUGGAGAACCUAGCAGAAAGUAGUAGAAGAUGGAUGGAGGCACAGAGAUAUAAGAAGUGGAACCUUCACUGUUUGAAACUUCAGCCACUUUCACCAGUCCCGAGUGAUAUCGAGAUUUCCCGGGCACAGAGUCCAAAAGCUGUCGAUGUGCUUGCCAAGGAGAUAGGAUUGCUUGCAGAUGAAAUAGAAGUCUAUGGCCGUACUAAAGCCAAAGUACGUCUCUCUCUGCUGGAGAGGUUAAAGGAGCAGCCAGAUGGAAAAUACGUUUUAGUAGCUGGGAUAACACCAACACCCCUUGGAGAAGGGAAAAGCACGGUUACCAUAGGGCUGGUGCAAGCUCUGACUGCACAUACUAAUGUCAAUUCCUUUGCCUGUCUGAGACAACCUUCACAAGGACCAACUUUUGGUGUCAAAGGUGGGGCUGCAGGAGGUGGAUAUGCACAGGUCAUUCCAAUGGAAGAGUUUAACCUCCAUCUCACUGGUGACAUUCAUGCUAUCACUGCUGCCAACAACUUGCUCGCUGCGGCAAUUGAUGCCCGAAUACUGCAUGAGAACACUCAGUCUGACAAGGCUUUAUAUAAUCGUCUGGUUCCCUCCAUUAAUGGUGUAAGAGAAUUCUCCCCGAUUCAGAUUGCCCGGUUACAGAGACUUGGUAUAAAGAAAACCAACCCUUUGUCCUUGACAGCUGAAGAAAUUAGUACAUUUGUUCGUCUUGAUAUUGACCCAUCCACAAUAACCUGGCAAAGAGUGAUUGACACAAAUGACCGAUUUCUCAGAAAAAUCACAGUCGGUCAAGCAAAUACAGAAAAAGGGUUCGUCAGACAGGCGCAGUUUGAUAUUGCUGUAGCCAGUGAAAUUAUGGCUAUCCUAGCUCUAACAGACAGCCUGUCUGACAUGAAGGAAAGGCUGGGUAGGAUGGUGGUAGCCAAUGAUAAAAAAGGGCAACCCGUGACUGCAGAAGAUCUGGGGGUCACUGGUGCGUUGACAGUAUUAAUGAAAGAUGCCAUAAAGCCAACCCUGAUGCAGACAUUAGAGGGUACUCCGGUGUUUGUUCAUGCUGGACCUUUUGCUAACAUUGCACAUGGCAACUCAUCAGUUUUAGCAGACAAAAUUGCACUGAAGCUUGUUGGAGAAAAUGGCUUUGUAGUAACUGAAGCUGGAUUUGGUGCUGACAUUGGGAUGGAGAAGUUCUUCAAUAUUAAGUGUAGAGCAUCUGGGCUGGUUCCGAAUGUUGUUGUUCUAGUGGCAACAAUUAGAGCUCUGAAAAUGCAUGGAGGAGGACCAAAUGUUACUGCUGGUGCACCUCUUGCAAAAGAAUACACCGAAGAGAAUCUUCAGCUUGUUCAGAAUGGCUGCUGCAAUUUGCAGAAGCAAAUUCAAAUUGCUCAGAAAUUUGGAGUCCCUGUUGUUGUUGCCUUAAAUAUUUUCAAGACAGAUACUUGGGCUGAGAUUGAACUGGUGUGCAAAAUUGCAAAGGAUUCUGGAGCCUUUGACGCAGUCCCAUGUAAUCAUUGGUCAGUCGGAGGCAGAGGAGCUGUAGAAAUAGCCCAGGCUGUCAAGGCAGCAGCAAACCAAGAGAAUAACUUCCAAUAUUUGUAUGACCUCAAGCUUCCAAUUGUAGAAAAGAUCAGGACCAUUGCUCAGCAAGUGUAUGGAGCAGCUGACAUUGAGCUGUCCCCAAAGGCAGAAUCCAAAAUAGAAGUCUACACUAAACAGGGUUUUGGAAACCUUCCAAUCUGUAUGGCAAAGACUCAUCUGUCAUUGUCCCAUCAGCCGGAGAAGAAAGGUGUUCCUACAGGGUUUAUACUGCCAAUCAGUGAUGUGCGAGCUAGUAUUGGUGCUGGUUUCAUAUAUCCUCUGGUGGGAACGAUGAGCACCAUGCCAGGGCUACCAACCAGACCCUGCUUCUAUGACAUUGACCUUGACGCUGAGACAGAAGAAGUGAAGGGCUUGUUUUAAGAAAGUUAAGAUCCCUUCACUGCCUGCGCCUGACUUCUCCGCGUGAUGCACAGGAAAGCUUACUACUUAUUCCAGACAAAGCCAACUGGACUGAGGAGCACCACACAUACACACAUUUAUGCACACACAUUUACUUCCCAGAGACUCUCAAGGAACUGGGAUGUGAAACCACAGGAUAAGCUGCAGGGAUGGAUUGGCUGUUAUUUACCUGAAGUGUCUUGUUAGAAAGAGCUGCACUUUUCCUUUAAUAGACACGCAUAAAGUACUCCAAUACGUGUAGCUGUUUCUUGCUGGGAUGAGAUUACCUACAGCUAAAAGAUUUAUGCAGUGCAAAGUAGGAAAACAAUGAAAACAAGCACUAAUACUCAGGUUUUGGCCUAUUGCACACACUAAUACAAGAAUAUAAAAUUGCCGGGGAUCCCUCUCAAUUCUCCAGGUUGAUAUUGGGACAAUUUGUUAAAAGUUUUGUAUAAUUGCCAGGUAAAUGUUCUUGCCUGGGAAAGGGGGGUGGGUGCUUCUGCCAUGAGGCAAGCUGAGAGAGACAAAAAGCCACUACUGGUAUUCACAGGGGAUUUCAGUGCACACAAAAUGUAUUUCAGACCAAUACAUAUUUAAAUUUUUUGGUGCCGAAAUACAUUGCGUGUGCACUAAAAGGCUGAUUCCAUGCUUGUCAGAAAGGGAAAGAAAGGCAGCAGAUCAGCUUUUCUUGGUACAAUAAGCCUAAAAGUACAAAUACUGUUUUUAACAUGGAAUUUCAGCCGUUCUAGUGCAAAGAGCACAAGUGUGGUUCAUGCACUAGUGAUGCAGCCACUUAUUACCCCUGAAAAGAGUGUGUGGGGUGGGCUAGGCCCCCUUAGGGCAGAAUCCCCACUGUAUCACAGAUCAGUCGACUUAAUUCAUCCAAAUGUGUUCUAUGUUCUUGAGCAGUUGAACACUUUCUAUUCCAUGGGAUGCUCAGCUGUACAAGCACUGCUCGGAAUAAUACCCCCCCACUGCAGAAAAGAUCAUGUUAAAGCUAAACAUCUACCUAUUCUUUAACAGCAAUAAGUCAAUCAGCCCUUUUAUGUUCUGCUUGUCACUACAAGUAGCAGUGACUGAAAUGCCUGGCCAGUCACCAUAAUAUCAUUUGAGCACAAUGGGAAGCAGCACUGGUAGCUGUAAACUGUUAAGAUUUAAUCAGCAGUUCUGCUUAACCAUUUUGGGGAUACUUAUGCUUCUUCUUGUCAACAAUAGGAAGCUGUCUUUUGGCAUUUUAAUCACCAUUGCUUGUGACAGUACCAUGUGUGCCAUAGUCCUUAGUGUUAAUGCACCUUUAUUAAAUGAUUAAAGCCAAGAUGCACUAUUUCAGACUGUUACUCUCUUGCUUUUUCUGCUUAGAUGAUUGCUCACAAGAACUUUCUUAGGCUUUACUAAACAUGACAAACUUCUUGCCAUGAAUGUUAGAAAUGAAUGUGUUCUUUAACUGUUUUUUCAUUAAAAUGUCAGCUAAAAAGGUUUGGCUAUUAUAAAAGACAUUAUAGUUGUCUUUCUGGCAGGGUAGAUGGUCUGAGGCAACAAAACGAAGCUACCUUGGACAGAGACUGAGCCAUAUUCUAUAAUUUGCUAAUGUCGAAGGGAUGGAAUUCUUAUCAGGAAUUCUUAUCAGGAGCAGAUUUUAUGUUCUCUUCCAUCUUUCACUUCAAGCGUUCCUUGGUGUGAGCCCAUGGGUAUGUGCGUGAUGUGUGUGACUUUAUAUAGCUAUUUAUUAAUGAACUGACCCUUACACCAUCUCCUCUUCAUACCCCAAUUCCUGAUUCUAGGCCACCAUAUUUGUUCUCUUACUGACACCUCCCAACAUAACAAAAUACAUCUUGGUUGGGCUGUUAGUUUGUGCAGGCCGCACAGUAUUGUCUACAAUUCAGUUAAAAGGUGUCUGUGUUAUCUUUACCAUAUCCCUUUAAGGCCAGUCUGUGUGUGAGUGUCAGUAGGUACACAUGCGGAGUGAGUGGUGCAAGUAAGUAGUGGGCUCCCUAUGGUUUCAGGCAGCUACAAUGUCUCUGGCACUAGGCUGGACAGAGGAUAUUUCACUGUGUUUUUCUGAAUGAAUAGGAAGUGUAACGGUAUUUUCAAUUUUUUUUUUUUUGCAGUAAAGAUAUUUCGCCUUUUUUGUCUGCUGUAACAGAAAAUGUGCUAAGCUUUCUCUCUUUGCAAAAAUAAACAGAUCUCAUUUUCA